UUCGAUGUGUUUGGUGUGUUCGGUGUGUUCGGUGUGUUCGGUGUGUUCGGUGUGUUUGGUGUGUUCGGUGUGUUCGGUGUGGAUAUGCAACGGUUUACGAUGUGCACUCGCGACGACUGCUGGGCUCCAAAGGCAUGAAGUGGGGCGUGGCUGGGCAUGAUGUGAUCGGCAUGGCGGCCUGCGUUGUGCGAUAUGUCAUCCGAAUGGCCCAGCCAGGGCGACGCCAGGCCGACGGUGCGGGAAAAAGGGAGACCGAGAGAAGCCGCGCGAAGGAUCACGAUGGGAGAGGGCGAUGCGAGCGGGGGAGGAUCAGGCCGCUGCCGAGAUGGGCCGGGGAGCGCCAACGGCCGUCGAUGCUGGCGAUCAUGGCGAUGGCCUUGGCGGUGCUGGCGACGGCGCUGCGAGUGGAUCCAUCAUCUUGCAGACCAUCGACCAUCGACCACCAGAACCAUCGACCACCGGCGGCAUCGGCUGCGAGACCCCACGGCCCCACCAGGACGCUCCUUGGCAGCGCAACGGCAAAGCCAAUGCGAAACAGCCACGAUCGACGCCAUGGGAACGGGCCAGCGACGCCGACUGUGCAUCCCAUGUCGCUUGCGCAUGUGCCUUGUCCGUGGCCAGGCUAAUCGGCGAAACCUGUCCGCCGCGACUGUUUCCGAUGUUGUUCGGGGGCUGUCGAUUGCUGCUGUCGAUUGCUGCUGUCGAUUGCCGGUGU